GACCUGACAGAUCCCGUCCGCUGCAACUCCAUCGAAGAGAUCCGCGCCCUUCGCGAAGCGCACCAACAGUUCCAACAGAGUCUUAGCGGCGCUCAGAAUGACUUCGAAGUGUUGGCCCAAUUGGACCGACAGAUCAAGAACUUCAACGUCGGUCCCAAUCCGUACACGUGGUUCACAAUGGAGGCGUUGGAAGACACGUGGCGUAACCUCCAGAAGAUUAUUCAGGAGCGCGACGUAGAGUUGGCCAAAGAGUAUCAGAGACAGGAGGAGAACGAUCGGCUCCGACGCGAGUUCGCUAAAUACGCCAACGCUUUCCACCACUGGAUUACGGAAACCCGCUCCUCAAUGAUGGAGGGCUCGGGCACUUUGGAGGCCCAGUUGGACGCCACCCGUCGAAAGGCUGCGGACGUUAGGGCCAAACGAUCCGAUCUGAAAAAGAUCGAGGACUUGGGCGCCACUUUGGAGGAGCACUUGAUUCUGGACAACCGCUAUACCGAGCACUCGACUGUAGGAUUGGCGCAACAGUGGGACCAAUUGGAUCAGUUGGGAAUGAGAAUGCAGCACAAUCUGGAGCAACAGAUUCAGGCCCGCAAUCAGUCCGGUGUGAGCGAAGACGCGCUCAAAGAGUUCUCAAUGAUGUUUAAGCACUUCGACAAAGACAAGAGCGGACGCCUCAACCACCAGGAGUUCAAGUCCUGUCUGCGAGCCCUCGGCUACGACUUGCCAAUGGUAGAGGAGGGACAGCCCGACCCCGAGUUUGAACAGAUACUCAAUGUCGUGGACCCCAAUCGAGACGGUUAUGUCUCUCUACAGGAAUACAUGGCGUUUAUGAUCAGUAGAGAGACGGAGAACGUGACCACCAGUGAAGAGAUUGAGAACGCCUUCCGCGCCAUCGCCGCCAAUGAGAGGGCGUACGUGACCGCAGACGACCUCUACCAGAAUCUGACCAAAGAGAUGGCCGAGUAUUGUAUGCGACGAAUGAAGAAAUACGUGGACCCGAAGACUGGCCGCGAAGUACCCAAUGGUUACGACUAUAUCGACUUCACGCAUACAUUAUUCCAGAAUUGAUUUUAAAUAUUCCUCUAUAUAUUUAACGCAACAUUUUUUUGUUUAGUUUUUAUAUUUAAAACGAAUAGUUUUUAUUUAGUAGUGUUAUUGAUAAUCAAAUCUAAACAUAUUUUGCACUCAACUAUCCAUUAAAUAUACGCUAUAUUUAUGGCCACCGGUUAGGGAUAAUAUAACGGCUGCUAUAUAUUUAAAAUGAUAAAUCACUUAAUAUUUACAUUUACAAAGAGCUUUAUUAUGUUUUUAAUCGCUAUUUAUUUAAAAAUAACUAAAUCAUGAAAUCAAAUGAUUUUAUAGUGAGUUUUAUUUACAAUAUAUUUUAGUUUGCAUUUUAUUUUUCCGACUAUUUUUGUGUUUUAAUUGUUUGAUUAGUUUAUGACUUAAUUUUUGAAAUUAUGUUUACAUUAAAAAUUAUGAUUUGAUUGAAGGAAAUGAUUGACAGCUAUAUUGUAACGAUUGUUUGCCGCUAUUAUUUCACUGUAAAAUCUAAUCUCUCCUAAAAUACUGCCUAUAAUUAUGUGAUUUACGAUUAAUUACGCGAAAUAUAAUUAAUAAAAUGCUGUGAAAUUCAAAAUCAAAACA